UCCUGAAAUUAUUUAAUGAACGUUUACUAAACGAAAUAGGAUUAUAGAACUUUAAUCAAUUUUAAACCACCAAUUAAAGAAAAUUGUUCCCGCUUCACUAACAAACAAUUACAGUGUAUAUCCCAUUACCCUUUAUAAAUCCUUUAAACUCAUAAUUAGUGUGUACAACUGAGUGUCAUGUUUGUAUAAAGAUUUUUUGUUGUGAUUAAAGUUUUGUAUUAGUCAUUCAGUGGCACAAUUUUUAAAGUAUACAAGGGCGGAAAAGAAUUAUAUCAUAAAAAAGAAUUGUUAGUUUGGUGAAAAACAUGGAAAUUAUAUUAUACAAUUUUUAAAUACAUCUAGUCGUCAAAACGGAGUGGUUAAUAGAAACUAAUGGGUGUGAUGAGAGGUGCAGUCCCCCUUGUUGGGCUGCCUGAAUUAUGGGCAAUUGUAUGGGGCGAUGUUUGCCUCAAUCGAAUCGUUUCGUUUCAAAACACAAUAGUAUUCACGAUUUUUCACAAUUACUUGAAGAGAGUUCUAUGCAGCAUGAGGAAGAUAAGAGAAAUAUCUUUGUAAGGCUAUUUUCCAAAAGGAAAUCAAGAAAAAAGAAGCCCGUUCUGGAAUUUGUUGAUGAUAUAUUAACUCCUCAUCUCACCACAUACAAUAGACUCAAUGAUAGCCAACAACUAUCUUGUACAAGUUCAUUUACAGGCAAAGAUAUUCCAUUACAAUGUUUAGAUGCGAAAGCUUUGCUUGCAAGAACAAACAUGUCAACUCCAGCUAGUUCCUUGGAUUUGGAAUGGGAACAUGAAACUUUACCCAUUUCAAUGGUAAAUGAUGCUUCAGGUGGUUCAUGGACGAUUAUGCAAGAAGAUAUAAUGGAAAAUAUAGAUAAUACAGAAUCUAGUGUAAAAAAUCCAAUAUAUACCGAAUCAGAUUGGUCACGAGUAUCUUCCGCUAAUUCUUUGGAAUGGGAUAAUGUUCCAACUUCAAUUCAGGGAAGUCCACCCGCUUCAGAAGUCGAUGCGGAUACCCAAUUUUUACUGAGCGAAAUCGAAAGACUCACAUCGCAAACUUUGAUGGAAACUGGCAAGGAAUUGUUUAGCUGACUUAAAUUACUCUUUUUUAAUAACCCGAUAGAAAAAAAUUAAAUUGUUAUUGAAUAGAAUAAUAAUUACUGUUGUGCAUUACCAUAUUUUUAAGAUUUAUGCUUUUUUUUGAAUACAUAUUUAUGGGUACAGAAUUUUAUUAUAAAUUGAAAAUGAAAUAAACACUAUAUAAUGAAAGACUCGUUUAGUUGAGGCGAUUUUCAAUUUAUAAAUAAAAAAUUUGUACUAAAGGAAUGAAAUGAGCUUAAGAAUAGUUAUGUAAAAACUUAUUUUUUUCUUUCAAGUCAAAAGUAAUGAAGGUACAAAAUGAUUCAUCCAAAACAGAGGAAUAUAAGAAGAUAAAUGUGUUAAAGAAUGAAAAAUAAAAACGAAAUGUUGACUAUAAAGUAAUGAAUUAAUGUGUGUAAUAAUUAUGUUUUAAUAUUGAUUAUUUUAAUCAAAAUAGUAGGUAGGGACCAAUAGCUUAUUUUUGUAUAGUUCAAAUUGCAAAUGGUUUAUGGAAAGUUAAUAAAGACAAUAGGUAAUGUAGUCAACAUCACAUACACUGUGUAUAUUAAGGAAAUAAUAUAAGUUAGGUUGAAAUUCUUUCAGAAAAGUGCUUGGACACAAAGAAUUGAAAUUCUUUUAUGAUGAUAGAGUAUGAACUCAACGUGAAGUGUAUAUUUUAUUUAAUCCUCAGUUACUCACAUGGAAUUUUGUAACAUGCUUAGUAAUGCUAGGUCUGCUGGACUUAUAACCAAUAAUUUUAGUUUUUAACGUUACUUGUCGAAGUUGUCCCAUUAUUUGCUAGUUUAUAUUUCUCCAAAGACUCUUAUAAGCUUCAAGGUAAAUUAUUCAUAAUAGCAUACUCGCAAGUUGAGUUGUUGCUAAAGCCAAGGGGCUUUAUCUGUUCUACUUCUUUGAGAUAUGGUUACUUUUCCAUCAAAACGAAUACAUCUGAGGAGAAAUCUAAACCUUGUUUUAGACAUCACCUUACGGAAUAUUUCUAUUCCAAAGUUAUUGGUUGAUAAAAAAUCAUCAAGGCGUCGAAGACCGCCUCGAAAUACUCCUGCUAAGUUUCUUUGUAAUCUAUAUCAUAGCCGAACUUCUUGAUACUAUUUGAGUUACAGACCAGUUAGUAGUGAGCAAAAUUGACAGGAAGUUUCGACAUACUGGUUCUGUAAAAGAUAAGCCAAGGAAUAAACGCCCUAAAAUCAACGAGGACAUAAAACUAAAUGUUUUACUAGCUAUAGAAGAAAUACAUAUAGCCAAUAACUAUGAUACCCUCUUUCAUCAGUAUGUAAGGUUUUACGACUGAAAAAUUAAUCCUUAUAAAAUACAACUGGUAUCUGAAUUAAAUGAAGACACUCAAAUCUUAAUGGAUUCCUAGUCAUGUUGAAAACAUUUUGUUAUCAGAUGAAUCAACCUAUACAUUAACCGGGCAAGUUAAUAGACAAAACUCAUCAAAAAAUCCCAGAGGCAUAACAGAACAACACGCUCAGUGUCCUCAAAAAAUUUAUGUUUGGGCAGGAAUUAUCAACAAUCGGGUCUUACUUUUUUGAAGAGACACGAAAUCUUUCAACAAUGUCUAAUCCCGAAUUUAAGAAAUUCAUUUUCCAGUGGUGAACCCGACGAAAUUUUAUAGCUCAUGCAAGAUGAUGCAAAACCACACUAUGCAGUUCUGGUCUAUCUUGAUAAAAUAGCACAUCCCAACUUAUAGAUUUGAAGGUGUGGAUCAAUUGAAUAUCAACCAAGGACCGCGGUCUUUUGGAUUUUUUUUUAUGGAGUUUUUACAAAAAUGUUGUAUACAAAACUAAACUUGAAUUGUUUGACCACUUAAAAACUAGAAUUAGAAGAGAAUGUGCUAACAUUAGUCAAGAAAUAAUUAUUAGGGUCCAGCAUGAAUUUAUGGAGUAUUAUAGAGUUUCAGUUUCAGAACUUAAUUAAGUAGAUAAUUAUUAUUCCUUAUUAAUUACAAUAUUAAGAUAACACCAUGUUAUCUUUUACCUGAAAUAAAAUAGUAGUAAUAUUUUUUAACAGAGAUUCACAAUUUCAUAUCUCAAUUUUGGGAAAAUCUGUACAUUUCAAUUUUAUCUCAAUAAAUGCGCGUUAAAUAAAAUAACAUAGAUGCCCAAGCAUUUUUCUGAAAGAAAAUUUUAUUUCUUACAUUAUGUACACAGUGUAUAUUGUGGUUAGAAAAUAAUGAAAAUAUUCUAAAAGGGAAAAAAAUAUUUAUUAACUUAUCAAAAAUCUACAUGGAGUGGCCUUUUUUGUUGAUUAUAUUAGAUGUUUAAAAUUAUGUUAAAAAAAACUUUCUCAACUAAUAUGCCUAAAAACAAUACUGUUUUGGAAAGCAUAAAGGGAUUUAAUGAAUUAUCUUAAUCUCCUCAAUAAGAACAUAUUUUAUUGUGAAACGCUGCUGAGACUUUUGAUUUUAAACACAAAUAAGAUGUAUAAUCAAUAAUAAAAUAAUUCAUAUUUUGUAAAGAAACAAAAGAAAAGGCUAAUAAAGGCUUGCAAAAGGAAUUGUAUUGUUAUUAAUUUUAUAAUAUCUUUUUAACAAAAAAAUUGUAAUAUAUGUUAACAAUGGAUAGUUAAAAAGGUGUAAAUAAAGUAGAAUGAAAGUAGUCUAGAUUCAAAUAUGUGAAUAAAAUUGUAUGUCUGGACAUAUCGAAAUAAAAAUAAAAAUCUUUCCUGAUUAUAA